AUCAUUCAAGAACAACCAGCCAUGGAAGCCAAGGUAGGUAUACAAUGGAGCUCCAUCAUAGUUCCUUCAGUUCAAGAGAUGGUUGAGGAGAAGCUGAUCACCACGGUUCCUCCUAGGUAUGUACGGUCAGAUCUAGACAAAGCUGAGAUGGACAGUGAUUUAACAACCGAGAUCCCAAUCAUCGACAUGAACCUUUUGUGUUCUUCAACCUCCAUGGACUCAGAGAUUGACAAGCUCGACUUAGCUUGCAAAGAAUGGGGGUUUUUCCAGCUUAUAAACCAUGGAAUGGACUCAAGUUUCUUGGACAAGAUUAAGUCAGAGAUUCAAGAUUUCUUCAACCUUCCUAUGGAAGAGAAGAAGAAGCUCUGGCAACGACCUAAUGAGAUUGAAGGGUUUGGACAAGCUUUUGUGGUUUCAGAGGAGCAGAAACUUGAUUGGGGAGACAUGUUUUUCAUCACAAUGCAACCUGUUCAUUUACGCAAGCCUCACUUGUACCCCAAGUUACCUCCUCUCUUCAGAGAAACACUAGAGACGUACUCAGCUGAAGUGAAAAGCAUAACUAAGAUCUUACUAGCGAGCAUGGCAAGAGCCCUAGAGAUCAAACCUGAGGAAAUGGAAUACUUGUUUAGUGACGACUUAGGACAGAAACUGAGAAUGAACUACUACCCUCCUUGUCCAGAGCCUGAUCAGGUUAUUGGUCUAACACCACAUUCAGAUGCUACAGGACUCACCAUCCUCUUGCAGGUGAAUGAAGUGGAAGGUCUCCAGAUCAAGAAAAACGGCAAGUGGGUUUCAGUCAAACCUCUCCCAAACGCUUUCGUUGUCAAUAUUGGAGACAUGUUAGAGAUGAUAACGAAUGGGACAUACAAGAGUAUAGAGCAUCGUGGGGUUGUGAACUCAGACAAGGAGAGGCUUUCUAUGGCGGCGUUUCACAAUACGGGAAAUAGUAAAGAGGUUGGACCGUUGAAAAGUCUCGUGGAAAGGCAAAAGGGUGCAUGUUUCAGAACUGUGACCCCUGAAGAGUAUUAUAAGGGCUUGGCCACUCGUGAGCUUGAUGGAAAAGCUUUCCUUGAUGUUUGGAGAAUCUAA